AUGACAAACAAACGAAGAAAGAAUAUUAAUGGUGCGAGUGGUUCUGGAACAAAAAAUAAUGAUGUAGUCAGCAAAGUUGGCAACCAACGAUCUGUUGUUGACUUCAUCAGCUCUCUUCCGGAUGACAUUUUGACUAGAAUAUUUUCUAUGUUGUCGACGAAAGAAGCUUUGUCCCUGUGUAAUUCAAGCAGGAGAUUUAAGCAUCUGUCAACCACCAUACCAAAUGUUGAAAUAAGAGUAACUAUAAAUGGCUUUUUCUCUAAAUUUCAAUCUUUUUCGAGGUUCCUGGAAAACCAUGAUAGUGUGGUUGAAAAGUUUCAGCUGUCAAAUAGGACUGCUGGAAUCAUUUCUCAUGUAUUAGAAUGGCUCCGUUUGGUUGUUAAAGAUGGUAUUGAAGAGAUUGACCUUAAGUUUGAUUAUUCGGACUUGUGCCCCCAUAUCCCUGCAUCUCUUUUGACUGCCAAAACUCUGAAAGUGCUGAAGUUAAGAAGGUGUAUAGUUGAUGAUCUCUUAUCUAUCACUGGCUUAAAAUCGCUGAAAUCGCUUCUUCUUGAAGACAUGUACAUUUCUGAUGAUAUGAUUGGUCUACUUUGUUGCCAUUGUGAAUCACUUCAAGACCUGGCCAUCCAUAAAUGCACAGGGUUCGGGGAGAUUAAGAUUUUAAAUCCAAGGAGCAAGCUCGAAACAUUAAUACUGGAUCAUCCAUAUGAUGACGUUGAUCAUUUCAGGUUGAAUAUAUCAAGUUUAAAGACUCUUUUAAUUAGCAAUAGAAGAAUGAACUUCUCUUUUAUUGGUCGCCCGCAUAUUGAUGACCUGGUGUUAUGCCGAGGAGCAGAUCUUGGAAUCACCGAGGAAGAAUCGGAGAAUAUGAAGGUUAAUAUAAUCAAUAAACUUGGGAAUGUAAGGUUUUUGCAGCUAGAUGGAUGGGCUUUUGAGUGUUUGCCGGCAAAUAACUCAUCAGCGAAUCACUCACUGAAAAACCUGGAGGUGUUGGCUUUGGAGUUCGAUGUCGGCCUAUCUAAUCAAACCAAGCUUAAUAAUCUGAUCGUCGGUGCAAAGUGUCUGAAAACAUUGCUCAUAUCGAUAAAACAAAAGAACACUGCAGAAUAUCAUUCAAUCUAUACUGAUGGCAAGUUUGAGAGAGUGAUUAAAUAUUAUUUGGACCGUGCGUAUGGGCCGAUCAAGCCAACAGUUUACUUUGGAAAGAAUACUGUCCCUGUCAGCAGCAGCACUCUCCAGAAUAUCAACAUCAAAGAUUUCUCAGGGACUCUAUACGAAGUAAGUUAUAUUAACUUUGUUCUGGCACACUUUCAGCACCUGAGGGUCUUUGAAGUCACUCCCGUUGAGGAAAUGGAGGAAGAGGAAAUCCUUGCCUAUGCAGAGCUCUUCUCAAUGUUUCCUAGGGUUUGUAGAGAUGUAUACAUGCUGGUGGGGUCUGAAGAAGUCUGGAAGUCUGGUUGGGUACGGUAA